GCUUUGGACAUUUAUUCCAAAUCUUGAGUUUGAUGACACAUUGUUGUUUACUGCUGAAGAGUCUAAAAGACACUCAGUAGCAACGUGCUUCAUGAAUUUUGUGGACGGGGUGUUGGAUCUCCACGACGUAUCUUAUAUUAUGAAUUUCAGCCUUAAUUGUAGUGAAGACUAUGAUUUGUCGCGUGUUGAGGCAUGGAUCUCUACUGUAAUUAAGAAGAAUGUUCAGGAGCUUGAUCUCUUUUUCUUUACGAAUCCCAUUGCCUUACCUCAAUGCCUAUUUACUAGUGAGUCACUCAAGGUCCUUAAGCUAAGCUAUGGGAUCACUUUUGAUAUUCCUACGGAUGCCCACUUUCCGAAUCUCAGGGUAGUCCAUCUCACUUCAGUUCUAUUUCAAGAUGGGAACUCUACGCAACGUCUUAUCUCUGGCUGUCCUGCCCUUGAAAAUUUAGUUAUUUUUAAAUCUGGAAUUGAUCAUAUAGAGGUUUUCAAUGUAUGUUCUCCGACAUUAAAGAGGUUCACACUAUCUUGUUGCGCAGAUAACUUUGAAAAUGAUUGUGAAUGCACUUUUCUGGUUGAAGUCCCAGCCCUUGAAUACUUUGAGCUCACAGAUAUUGUACAGAGCCACUAUACUUUGACAAACUUAUGUAGCCUAGUCAAAGCAAAAGUUGAUUUUCUGUUCGGCGGAGAGAGAGCUUUUGAGAUACUUCAAGGAAUCUUCAUGGUGAAAUACUUAUCAUUAUCUUAUUUUAUGGUGCAGGCUCUCUAUGAAUCUAAUAAGGAUUUUCCCAUUUUUAGGGACCUGAUCUAUUUGGAUUUGGCGGAUGAAAAUUCUGUCUGGCAAUUGUUGCCACUUUCUCAACCAACUGAAACUGCAUGUAACCAAGAUGCUAUAAACAAGUUACUUGACAGUUCACCCACCCUAGAAGUUCUCAUUCUAAAUGCUGAGCACGUGCGUCUUUCAAACUGGUGUCCUCCACAAUGUGUGCCUGGUUGUCUUGUGUUAAAUCUUGAGGCACUAGAAAUCAGGGGAUUCAAAGGGCAGGAAGAGAGAUGCUUCUUGUUAGUUACUUUUUGGAAAAUGCAAAGGUCUUGAAGAAGAUGACCAUUGUUUCUGUUGGUUUAGAUGUGGACCAGGAGGU